GAGAGAGAAAGAGAGAGGUGGGGAAGUGUGGUUUCUGUAGUGUCUUAGCCUGUCCCCCUCCCUCCCCACCCAAAACAGUUUCUCUUUCUCUUUCUCAUAACAGUCUAAGUCCAAAAAGCCACCACCAAGACUGCCUUUUUUCGCCUUUUGUUUCUGUUCUUUCUAUAUGCAAUUGUCUAUGUCUGCUGCUCCCUCUUCUCAGCACCUGCAAAUGGGAGAGGAAUCAUACUUUGAAUUCCUUGUUAUUAUUUGAUACCCUUCUCUUUCUCCUUUCUCUUUCUUUCGUCUCUAUCUUUUUAGCCUUAACAUGACUUUCUUGUUGUUUUCUAUUCAUCUUCUUGCAACCCUUCUACUGUUUUAAUUAGCUUUAGGGUACCCUUCAAAAAAUAUGAAUUUUCUUCCUAUGAUUUGACCUCAUUUCACAUUUUCUUUAGUUUUUAGCUUUGUGGGUACUCUUGUUAACACCACUUGAUUACUCUCAUCUCUUUCUUUUUCUUUUUCUCUUUCUUUUAUUUUAUUUUAUUUUAUUUUAUUUUCAGUUACUAGAUAUUCUCUUUGGUGGGUUGGUUAUGUAGUUGUAUUUCUAUUGAGAGAGAAACAGAGCGAAGAAUACUAUAUACUUGGGGUGUUCAUGGAAAUUGAUCUGAACCAUGCAGCUACUACUGAAGUGGAAAAAAUUGCAUUCUGCAAUGGCAACUGUGAGAAGAACAGUGGGUGUGUUCAUCGUUUGUCCUCUUCAUCUUCUUCUUCAUGUUCCUCAAAUUCAGGUUCAUCUCCUUUGACUUCUUCAAUUUACUUUGAGCUGUGGCAUGCUUGUGCUGGUCCUCUCACUUCACUGCCCAAGAAAGGAAAUGUAGUUGUUUACUUCCCUCAAGGUCACUUGGAACAAGUUGCUUCAUGCUCUCCCUUUUCACCUAUUGAAGUUCCCACCUUUGAUCUUCAAGCUCAAAUCUUUUGCAACGUUGUUGAUGUCCAACUACUUGCUAAUAAGGAGAAUGAUGAGGUUUAUACACAGCUUACUUUGCUUCCUCAACAGGAGUUGGUAGGAAUGGAUAGAGAGGGCAAAGAGCUUGGAAAGUCAGGUGUGGAUGAGGAGGGAGAUGGAGGAUCACCUACAAGAUCAACCCCCCAUAUGUUCUGCAAAACACUUACAGCUUCUGAUACUAGCACCCAUGGAGGCUUCUCUGUUCCUCGUAGAGCCGCCGAAGAUUGUUUCCCUCCCCUGGACUAUAAACAGCAGAGGCCAUCUCAAGAGCUUGUUGCAAAGGACUUGCAUGGAGUGGAGUGGAAAUUUCGACACAUAUAUAGAGGUCAGCCAAGGCGACAUCUGCUUACUACAGGAUGGAGUAUCUUUGUGAGCCAAAAGAAUCUUGUUUCUGGGGAUGCAGUGCUCUUCUUGAGGGGGGAAGAUGGAGAGCUGAGAUUGGGAAUUAGGAGAGCUGUUCGACCUAGAAAUGGUCUUCCUGAUUCAAUUCUUGCAAAGCAGAACUCCCACCCAAAUAUUCUUUCUCAAGUGGCUAAUGCAGUAUCAACGAAGAGCUUAUUUCAUGUUUUCUACAGUCCAAGGGCCAGUCAUGCUGAGUUUGUCAUACCCUAUCAAAAGUAUAUGAAGAGCAUCGCAAAUCCAAUAUGCAUUGGAACAAGAUUCAAAAUGAGAUUUGAAGUGGAUGAAUCACCAGAAAGAAGGUGCAAUGGUGUCGUGACUGGAAUGGGUGACUUGGAUCCUUAUCGAUGGCCAAACUCAAAAUGGAGAUGCUUAAUGGUCCGAUGGGAUGAAGACAUUGGGAGUGAUCAUCAAGAACGAGUUUCCCCCUGGGAAAUCGAUUGUUCUGUUUCUCUCCCACCCCUGAGCCUUCAGUCCUCCCCAAGGAUGAAGAAACUGCGGGCAGGUCUCCAGGCUACCCCACAUGACUACCCUGUCACUGGAGGGGGUCGAUUUUUGGACUUUGAGGAGUCUGUCAGAUCCUCUAAGGUCUUGCAAGGUCAAGAAAAUGUAGGUUUUGUAUCACCCUUAUAUGGUUGUGAUACUGUUAACCACCCGCUGGAUUUUGAGACGCGAACUCCUGCGCGUCAAAAUCUUGCAUUAACUGGAAUAGGAAAAGGUAACGUUAAUGAGUUUAUGAGGGUGCACCCCACCACUUACACAGGCUUUAUGGAAUCCAAUAGGUAUCCAAAGGUCUUGCAAGGUCAAGAAAUAUGCCCGUUGAGAUCCCUGACCGGAAAAGUUGAUCUCAGUCUAGGCACAUGGGGUAAACCCAAUCUUGGUUGCAAUUCUUUCAGCAUGUAUCAAGCAGCCAAGCCCAAUUUCUAUGCAUUACCAUCAGAAAGUCUUCAAAAUAUGUAUUUUACUUAUGGUGACAUGCAGAAAACGGGCAAAAAUCCCACAAUGCCCCCUUAUGGUAAUAACUUCCCAAGAGAAACUGUCCAAUUCAACUCUUCUUCCAUCCAGACAGGGCUCAUUGGUGAAGAGGUUAGAAAGCCAAAUCUACUGAACGAGCAUAAACCACCAGAAAGUCUUCCUAUGCCUACGACUUUUAAGACUAAUCUGAGAAAUAAGAAAGAUGGCAGCUUUAAUGGAGCAGUGGCAGGAUGUAAACUUUUUGGUUUCUCGCUGACUGCGGAAACACCCGCUCCAAGUUCACAAAGCACUGGUAAGAGGAGUUGUACGAAGGUUCACAAACAAGGAAGCAUGGUUGGAAGAGCAAUUGAUCUCUCAAGACUCAAUGGCUAUGGUGACCUGCUAAGUGAACUUGAACAACUAUUCAAUAUGGAAGGCCUUCUACGAGAUCCUGAUAAGGGAUGGCAGAUCUUGUACACUGACAGUGAGAACGACAUGAUGGUGGUUGGGGAUGACCCUUGGCAUGACUUCUGUAAUGUGGUGUCCAAGAUCCAUAUAUAUACCCUAGAAGAAGUGGAGAAGAUGACGAUUGGAAUGACCGACGAUACUCAAAGUUGUUUGGAUCAAGCACCUGUGGUAAUAGAAGCUUCAAAGUCUUCGUCGGUGGGCCAGCCAGAUUCUUCUCCUACAGUAAUAAGGGUUUGAAAGUUUGGCAUAAAGUUUUAUAUGUUGCGUGUACAACCUAUGGAUUCUGAACCUAGUUGAAUGUCUUGUAUGGCUUUAGUGUGUAUCUCUGUGCUCUUCCAUUAUCGAUAUUACAAUACAGUUGUUAAACUCUGUUUGAACUGGUGCUUUCUGUUCAUCAGCCGCACGUAGCACUAAAGCUAGUAAAUGAAUGUGUGGUGGAAUAAUAAUUCAUUCAAUGUGUCACUUUUGAGA